AGCUCGCCGAGCGGUUAUGCAAACAACGCGAGACGUGACCUCAUUGGAGUGUUUCCGUCUGCCGAAGUCAGUCGACCAGAAACCGUCUCGCACCUUACCGCUGCGCACAUUCAUCUGAGAGCAAGGCACCGCAGGCUCGCCAAAGAUGCCCGUCCACACCGAUUCCGUGCGCAGCGCCUACAACAGCGUCCUGGACGACCGCAACACGACCAACUGGGCUAUUUUCACACACGACGAUGGACAUCUGAAAACUGCUUCGGUCGGAGAUGACUUCGCAACGCUCAAGAAAACCCUAGAAGGCCAUGCAAGGGCCUUCGUGUACCUGCGGAUCCAGUUGGGGGACGAGACGAGCAAGCGGUCCAAGUUUGUCUUCAUCGCGUGGCUCACCGAAGCCGUCGGAGUGAUACAGCGCGCCCGCAUGAGCAGCGAGAAGGCGGAACUCAAGGAAAUCAUCACCAAUUUCUCCGUAGAACUUCUGAUUGAAGAUCCUGCAGAGCUCACGGAAGACCACAUAAAAGAUACAGUCAGGAAAGCAGCCAGCGCGGAUUAUGGAACAAGCUCAUAACAACCAUAUACUUAAAAGUCCCUAAAGUAGUAGCACUAAAAAUAAUUAAAGGGAAACUGAAGCGGUUCUGUAUUUGAGGAAAAACACUUAGUUGAUCAUCUUUAUUUGGCCUCCAGGAUCACGAAUAGCGAUAUUAGUUUUCAAUUUGGUGCACGGAGGCUGCAGAAAGUCAUUUUCAAAGUACCGCUGAAGCCCCUCCUUCCCGGGGCGUGACGUCAUAUCAGGAGUUUUCAAAAUCUCCGCUUUCGCGCAACUUCAGCGCCAAUCAAAGGUAUGCACGCGCACUUUUGCCAUUUUCAAAAAGGUCAGAAAAAGACGUCACGGCUGGUGCCAGUGCGGGGGAAUAUACCUGGCAAGCUUGUAAUUACACGCGCUGCCCACACGAGCGACACGCGCUUGGCAGCCGAAAGAUUCUAGCAUGAUGUAAAGACUGGUCGGAAGUUUUUCGCGUUUAGUUACAUCUUCGGGGAAACCGAACGUAAUAUCCAGAUUCACGGGAUAAAUAUACGCCUUAAUUCACCUUUAAUUCACCGUUCACUCUUGCAACCGAGUGCGACCGAGAGAGACGAGAUAUGUUAGAACUUAAAAUUUCUUAGGACGAGGGAACACACUGGUAUUCUGGCACCAUCUAUGCGGUGAAGGUUUUGCGGGAUUUCCGAGGUCAAAUGUGCGUAAUACCUAAAAGUAAGGCUCGUCUAUAACGUUCACAAAAGUUUUUCGAGCCAAGAAAGGAUAAUGCGCGAGAGAAUUAGAAAAUAUGCUGGACCGAGAAGUUUACACUGCUACCCAAUAAAUGUCGCCAGUGUGUCCUCUCGUUGCAAGAGGUUUUAAGGAACCCAGUUUUAAGAGGUCGCAAAAGUGUGAACGGGCCUUAACUCGUAUUUUUCAAGAACCUUUUCAGCUUCCCUUUAACAACAUGUCGAUAUAGUAACUUCAAAGCAGGCCAUCAUAGCAUUCUUCAAUGACAGAUUAUGAAAGUAAAAAACGCCUGUAGCAAUAUAACAGAAAAAAGAGAAUGAAGUGGUCUACUAUUGUUUUUUUUUUUAAAUACCUUCAAAAGCUGUACACCUAUAAGAAAUAAAUUUACUGAUCAUAC